AAAAUUGCAUGUUCCUUUCAAGACCGUAUUCAAAACAUCCUAUACGUUUGAUUGUGUGACAAGGGAUGAAUGAGUGAAUUUAGAUCGUUUUUUACCAUUUAAUUGAAAGGCUUAAACAUGGACUCUGCGAUAUCAAAGGACAAUUUGAAUGGAAAUGGCCACACGAACGUCGCAUUUGAGACUGCCGGUGUAGUGGACCUGCACAGCACACAUGAAGGCGGAAAAGGCGUAAAUAUGUACCUGUCGGACGUCGUGUUUGAUGGAAGGCCAAGCGGAGACAAAGUAGAUGAUGGAAUUACCACAGAGGGCAAGGGAGAAGAUGUAAUGAUCUACAAUGUAUCCGAAUCGCCUCCUAUAUACCUCACCGUAUUCUUUGGUCUGCAGCAAGCUCUCCUGUCCCUGUCCGGAAACCUAUCGGUGUCAUUGCUGGUUGCAGAAACAGUUUGCGCUGAAAAUGACGAAGAAUUCAAAGCCAAAUUGCUCGGGACUACUUUAUUUGUUAGCGGUAUUACUACACUGUUGAUGACGUUUGUGGGAAUGAGGCUUCCGCUCUUUCAGGGUGCAGCCCCGGAUUAUGUCAUACCACUACUUGCCAUGGCGGCCAUUAAUAAAGAAAGAUGUGAACUGGACCCUGCUGAAAUUGCACUAGCAAGGAAUGAAUCUCUUCUUCAAAACACAACUCUGAAUCUGAUAGCUCUAAACAGACCAACCGUGUUACAUAAUACUCAGCUGCUUCAAGGGAGUCUCAUAUUAGCGGGAGGUAUCCACUGUCUAAUUGGGGUGACAGGUUUGGUUGGCUUUCUAUUGAAGUUCGUUGGCCCUGUCACCAUCGUUCCCGCUAUUUUUCUGAUUGGAAUCUACCUCAUGAAAGCAACGGCAAAGUUUGCGAAGGCCCAUUGGGGAAUCUCCUUCAUGACCUGCGCUAUAUCACUGAUUCUAGCUUUGUAUAUGUCGAAGAUCAAACUACCCGUGCCAGUAUGGACAAGGAAGAGGAAAUGUCACAUGACACGUUACCCGUACCAUCAAGUGUUUGCAAUUCUAAUAGCAAUACUGAUAGGCUGGGCAGUGUGUGGUAUUAUGACAGCGACGGAUGUGAUUCCGAACAAUAAAAAUGAUACAAGAUUCUACACGCGUACCGACGCACGUAGUUAUAUAAUUGAAACUUCAAGUUGGUUCUACUUUCCUUAUCCAGGUCAAUUCGGUCCAAUAGACUUCAGCGUUAGUGUCUUCAUAGGCUUCAUGAUAGCGACCUUCACCUCUAUCCUCGAUUCCAUUGGAGAUUACUACGCAUGCGCAGCGAUGUGUCGAACACCGCCCCCGCCAGCACAUGCAGUAAACAGAGGUAUAGCCCUUGAGGGCUUCUGUAGUACACUGGCUGGGCUACUAGGGUGUGGUCAUGCUACCACUACAUACGGCGGAAAUAUUGGAGCAAUAGGUGUGACAAGAGUGUCCAGCAGAAGUGUGUUCUUUGUAUGCGGUGUUAUAUAUAUUAUUUUUGGAAUCAUUGGAAAAUUUUCCGCCGUCUUUAUCUGUAUUCCUUACCCAGUUCUAGGUGGUGCCCUUAUUACAAUGUACGGCAUGUUUACUGGUGUCGUCCUGUCCAACCUGCAUGCAGUCGACCUGAGUUCGAGCCGCAACUUAGCCAUCAUCGGCACAUCAAUCUUUACAGGUCUUAUGGUUCCCUACUGGAUUGAACAGUACCCUGAUGAACUAGCUACAGGCAGCGACAGCGCUGAUGAAAUACUGAAAAUCUUACUGGGAAAUCCAAAUAUGUUUGGCGGAGUUCUUGCGUGUAUCCUGGACAACACAGUUCCGGGUACGAUUAAAGAACGGGGUAUUGCAACUUGGCAGAACGUGGAAGACCCUAACUCUAAACAGAAAGUAUAUGUAGAGGGAUACGACAUUUAUAAUCCUUGGUUACCAAAGAAAAUAAGAGAUUCGAGAUUUAUUAAGUAUAUACCAUUUCUACCAAAUCCUGGAGAAGGCAAACUUCCUCACACACUCACAGAUGAAAUCUUCAAAGAAAAUUCAGAGUCAUAUUCAAGUUCAACACGUAUGUAGCUGGGGAAACGGCGACGAUGCUUCGAAUGAUAUCUUCAUAAAAGACCCAUUGACAGCACAUAAUAUGGUCCGGGGGUCAGAGUGCACUAUUUCCAGAAAUACAGAAAACAUUUGCAUUCAAAACGCAUCUACGCUGCACAUGGCAUAGAUCUUAUGCAGUUGUUUAAGCGGGAUUGUAACGCUUUUUAAAAUUUGAUUCGCUAAAAGAAGAUAUAGGUCAUUAAAGAGAACAAAAUGUCUGUAACCAUCAGCACGUUCUUUACUAAGGCUUUCAGCUAAGGGUAACCCCCUAUACCCAAACGUUUUGAUGCUUUUUGUACAGAACUUCCUGUUUGGGGUAAAACCAUGCCACUGAAUUUUAACAUAAGUCACGGCAUCAUCAUCAGCAUCAUCAUCAUCAUCAUCAUCAUCAUCAGUAUCCUGAGAGGCAGACGUAUAAUCAUUACUGUUUUGACUACAACCAUUCUUUAUUCACUGAUUAUGGAUUUUGACACUGCAACAGGUAGCUUGGUCCCUGUUGGUAAAUAUACGUUUAUAGGACAAACUAUUUAACUAUUUCCUUUGUUUUCGACAAGUUUCAUCAUGGAUGUGUUCAAGGUAGGGUUGGAUUCAAACCUUUGACCCUCCGAUGGCAAAUUCGAUGCCCUAACCAAACCGCAUUUAACCUUGGGAAAACAUGACUCUGCAGGAAUUACCCCUUGUUGUAAGCCUUCAUCAAAAAAUAUGUUAAAUUCCAUUUAUUGAAAUAUCUGUUUGCGGUCAUAAACUCUUAGCUCAGUUUUGUAUUAUCCUUUUAUAGAUUUAAAAGGCCUUUCCAAAAUGUAUACGUUUAUAUUUCUAUAUAGUGAAUAUGUUUUUUAAACAUUUUAGAGAUUUACAAUUACAUAGAUGUUAUACACCAGCUGAAAGCAACCUGCAAUUUUAAGUUACUGUAUCCAAUACUGUUAUGCGUUUUUAUUAUAUUGUAUACAAGUGUUUCUCGCACAAGUCUUUACCAUCAAAUAAAAUGGUCGGAAACCAUUCCAAAAGUACAUUUGAAUGUCUUUAUAUCUUAUUCUAUAUUGAUAAAUUGCAUUCUAUAGAUUUAUCCCACAUUUGCUCAAUGUUUCAAAAUCUAUGUUGUAAAAUACUUUCAGAUGCGUUUAAAGUAAGUAAAAUAAAUAUAUGAGCCGCGCCAUGAGAAAACCAACAUUGUGGCUUUGCG